AAAAAAGAAAGGAUCGAACUUUAUACUCUUUUAUGAUCAACCUUUUAUGAUCAUGUCCUUUACUACUAUUAGUAGUUACUUUAACUGCUUUAACAUGAGGAGGAUCGCAAUUCCAGUUUUAGUAUUAUUCUCUGUUUUGCUAAUUAGCACUUUUUUGUAUGAUCGUGGCCAAAAAUUCAGGAUCACCGGAAUACAAGAAAAAGAGACCACUAGAUUACAGGAUGCGCCCCCACUCCAUACAUAUCUUGAUACAACUGUCAAUCCAUUCAAUACAUGGUGGAAAAACUACAAGAAGUCUGAAGAUUACGGAGAUGUUUUUAAAUGGAAUCAUUACUUUGAUAUUUAUCACAGACAUUUUGCAAAGUUCAGGAACAAAGAGAUGACUCUGCUUGAGAUUGGAGUGAGAAAUGGCGGCUCUUUGAAGAUGUGGCUAGACUACUUCGGUCCGGGUAUACAAAUAUAUGGCCUGGACAUUAACGCCAAUGCAAAACGAUUUGAACAUAAAUCACAGGGGGUCAACAUCAUAAUUGGAGACCAGGGAAAUCCCCAAUUUUGGACCAAAACGCUGAAAACGUUGCCAAAGUUUGACAUAGUUAUUGAUGAUGGGGGACACACAAUGAAUCAGUUAAAGGUAACGUUUGAUCAUCUAUAUGAUCAUGUGAAACCAGAUGGUGGGAUUUAUCUCGUGGAAGAUCUUCAUACAGCUUAUUGGCCAGAAUAUGGUGGGGGGUUCAAAAAGCCAGAAACUUUUAUAGAAUACACUAAAGAUCUAAUCGACCAACUGAAUGCAGAUCAUAGCAGAGAUAAGAACUUGGUUGUAACUGAUUUCACAAGAUGCACACAGAGUAUGCAUGUAUACGACAGUAUAGUUGUGUUUGAGAAGUCACCACAUCCUAAGUACCAAACAGUACUAUCACAGUAAUUGCAGAAAAUGGAAAUAUAAUGGUAUCACUUAUUGAAAAGAAAGGGUUUGGUACGCGAAUAAUAAAGAUUAGAAUUGCAACAUUUUGUCAAUAAAUAUAUUUGUACAGAUGGAGAAUUACCUCUUGAUUUUUAU